AUUAGCUUCAUAUGUUAAAAUCUAACUUUUAUUUUUGUGAAGAUAACGAUUUGGAUUACAAGUAUACUCGAAGAAUCGGCACACAAAAUAUUAAUGGAAGAGUUUCAGGAACUCAAAGAAGUAGAAGGGCCGGUAUGGGAUUUGAUCGACCAAUUAAUCGAUAAUGUUGUGGUUGUUUGUGAACCCAUGGCUGUUGUUAGCUCAAGUAUAAGUCAGCUAUCAUUAUCAUCUAUUUCAAAGUCAGUUUCGACUGAAAAACAAAGCCUUAUAAUAAAUACACAAAGUAAGAGCAAUAAAAAUGGCAUUGGUGCCAAUACCGUGGAUAACAAAUAUGAGAAUGAAUCAAUAAUAGAUUAUAUAUUAGACAAUAUAGCGUACAAUGAUGAGGCGUUGGGUACAGCUGAAGAAGACAGUGUGAAUAAAAAUGAAAAUUAUGCAACAUUGGAUACUUCCAAUGAUAUAAAUGAAAAAAAUUAUGAGAAUGUAAUAGAUUCUAAUGCACCCUUAGAAGAAAAUAAAGCAUCUGAUUAUCAUUUUAACAGAAGUGAUGUUGAUGUUGUUCAGAAAUUAGAUGUAAAUGAGAUUGAUUCGCAAAUAAAUAAUACAAAUAACACUGACAAUGAUAGCAAAAACUUAGAUGUUAGCGAUAUAACUAAACAAAUCAAUAUUAUGGCGAGUCCAGAUGAAGGCUUAAUAGGAAUAAAAACUAGCACAGAAGUGGAAAAUAACGUGAACGGUGCAGAUAAUAAUAUAUUAAGAAAUGGAAGCCAAGAAGAAAUGCAGACCACUCCUGAUGAUAGCAUUAAAAAAGUAAAAUUUUCUAAUUUAAAUAUCGGUAUUAACAGCAGAAAAACAGCCAUAAGCGACGAUAGCAAUAGUAUUUAUGUUCGUGAGGGUCAUUAUCAUAUGCCAAUAAACCUCUCCGAAGAUGGAAGUAUAAAACCUGAAUUACACUUAGCUCCAGCCAAUGACCAUUUGCUUAGUAACGCCGAUGAGUCAUGGCCUGAAAAUUUACAAUUCCCCGUAUUAAAAGCUACCGUUAGCGUCAGUAAGUCUAUUAUGUCGCUUGGAAACAUUUUAGAAAACGAAGAGAAAGAAUUAACAACCGAUGAAAAAGAUAACAUUUCGAAUGAAGACAGAAAAAUAUCACUUACUCAUACAAUACAAGCAGAAAAAAACGAGGAAAUAGAAGACGAAGGAAAUAUAGUAAUAACUGAAACCGAAAAAUAUACACGGGAAAAUUAUACAAAUACGAAAAAUAUAUAUUAUAAACAGAAUAAUUUCGCAGUAACAACACCAUAUUAUGUUGAUGUAGUACAAGAACAAUUAGCGAAAAGUGAUACAUUUGAAAAGGAGAAUAUUGCUGUAAAACUGAUUAUAGAGCGUAUGCCAGUAAUUGACAUAUAUCCAAAAGAAAAUUUUAAUUAUAACAUACUAACUCAUGAAAAAUCAAUACAAACAGAACAAGAAGUUAUCGACAAUAUUUUUGAACAAAUCGACUCAACAGUAGACAUUUUACCGAACUAUAAAAUCUUUAAAGAAUAUAAAGAGAUAUGCAGUUGUUGUACUUUCAUUACAGGAUACGAUAUAAAAGAACCUGAAAUUCGAAAAUGGUGCCAUGGAUUAGAAAACGUGAUGCAAAAUUUGGAGUUAUGGAUAGAAUGGGUGGAAAUUACGUGUAAUUACAUCAUAUCGUUCAAGCACAAAGUUGUAGCUGAUAAACGCAAAGAAGAUAAUAAGUAUAUGUGGACCAAGCUGGUAAUUAACAUCGAUUUGGAUUCUAAAACUUGGAGAAAAAUAAGCAAAAGACUUAGAAGAGGAAUUACUAAUUAUAAAAGUUUUUAUGAAAAGCCUAGGACUCAGCAGACCAAAUCCUGCAACUACCAUCAGCUCCUGCAGAUAUCACAACUACGCCAGAAGGGAAGAACUUGCAUUUGUAAACAGGGCCUCCAUGACCUUUGAGAUCUAAAAGUUUCUCAUCUAAAAAGAUAAUACAUUAAGCUGAUCACUUAUUCUCAAUAGAUGACAACUGUGUUAAACUAAAUGGCUACAAUGAAUCAGUAAGAAAGUUUAUUAGGCUAAUUUAUUUUUAAAGUGACUUAUUUUAAAAAUAUAUGUGUGUAAUCAAAGUAAUAUUUUCUUGUAGAUGUACUUUAAAAUCUUACUUGUCCUGCUGUCCCAAACAAUAAGGUUAUCCCCUUCACAUGAAGAUACUGCUAAAGCAUUUUCAGCUGUAGAAACAGAAAGUACUGCUUUCUGGUGAACAUUAUGUGCUUUUGUUGGUGCAACAAACGCAACCUUCAGAUCAGACUCAUUAUGUUUAAUAACAAGACUUAAAUUAGAUAGUGAAAUAAAUUGAUAGUUAUCAGAUA